AGGAGAGGGGUUUUCAUUUCUUCAUUUCUUUAUUUUCCCUACUAUUUCACCCACCAAUCUCCGUCUUGAAUCUUCUUCUAGGGUUUUCGUUUUUCUGGAGUUAAUCCAGCAGAAAUCAUCCAUAUCGCAGUUGCAGUUCGUCGAACUCAUGGCGGAGCCGAUGGCGGUCGACGUUUCGGAGGGCGCCGGAGCGAAGGGUCCGGAUUCUCAGGGAGAGGCUGCUUCGAAGGGGAGUUUGAAGAGAAAGAGGGCGUCUUUUGCUGUUGGGGUGAGUCCGGAAGAGAAGGAAGCUAAGAUCGAGGCGUUGCGCGAGGAAUUGGAGGGUUUGUUCAGGUACUACAGGGAGGAGCUGGAGCGGAGGGUUGUUGGGGACGGGGAGGUUUUGAAGACUUGCGUCUCGAUGAAUUCUGCUGUUGCUGGGUUAAUGGAAGAGAGCAGCCUUCCGCUUACUAAGUUAGUGGAUGAGAUUUUCGCUAAAAUCGGAGGUACGGUGUCAGGCGGGCUCAAAAUCGGUGCGGAGAAUAUAAGCAAAACUGGUGUGAAAAGCACUGUGAUAUCGAUUGGGCAGAGGAUGUUCUAUGGGAUUCCUGGAUCGGACUCCGAUGUCUUGGAGGACGACUCGGAAUCUGCCCUCUGGUGCUGGGAGACAAGGGAUGCUAAGUUGUUGCCGAAGUCCGUGCGUUCUGCAAUUAGAAUCCGGCGGACUUGUCGGAAAAAGAUACAUGAGAGGAUUUCUGCUGUAUCUGGGAUGUUAGCUGCUCUCUAUAAACCAGAUAGUCAUCAAAAUAGCAAAGAGCUGAUGAAAGCCUCUGAGAAGCUUUCUAAAGUAUUAGCUGAAGCAGAUAUACGUUCAUUGAUACACAACAUGGGGCAAACUAGUGGUGCUGAAAUGGCUGAAAAGGAUACCAAGAAGGAGAAGAUUUUGAUCAAGCAGAUGGAGAGGAGCAAAAGAGAAGCAGAAAAAGAGAAAAAAAGACUGGACAAGGAACUUCAAAAGGAAAAGUUACAAAGUGAAAAAGAGCAGAGGCGCUUGCAACAAGAAGCAGAGAAGGAGGAGAAGCGCCGCGAGAAAGAAGAAUCUGAACUAAGAAAGCAACUAAAAAAGCAACAAGAGGAAGCUGAGAAAGAUCAGCGGCGCAAGGAAAAGGAAGAAGCUGAUUUGAAAAAGCAACAAUCUUUACAAAAACAAGCUUCACUAAUGGAACGCUUUCUUAAAAAAAACAAAAGUAGCUCAACUCCUCAAGAUGACCCACUGUUGAACAGUGUAACAUCCAAUUUAUCCCCUGACAAGAGUGACAAAAUGCCUGGAUCUGUUACUCCAUUGAUGGACUCUAUUCUUUCCCUCAAGGAUGUAAUACACGCAGAAGAUCUAUGGAGGUCACAUUUAAAUUCUUGGCGAUGCUUGGGUCAUUUGAUUCAUUCAAACAAAAAUGCUCACUGGGGUCUUCGUCGUGGGCCUAGAACUGAAGUUGUCAAAGAACUUAAGCUAACUACAAAUAGAGGACUCACUAAUGAUGAUGAGUUAACUGAAGCAAAGCUUGUUGAUGGAUGGGUUGACACAAAUGGAGAUAGCAAAGCCUGCUGUGUGAAUCCAAAAAGUUUGCCAUCUGGUGCCCGGAAUAACUUCCGUAGUAUUAAAUUAUUGCAAUUUGAUAAGAGCCACAGGCCUGCAUUCUAUGGUGUUUGGCCAAAGAAAAGUGAAACUGUUAGGGGACGUUGCCCUUUCACAAAGGACCCUGAGUUGGAUUACGAGUUUGACAGUGAUGAAGAGUGGGAAGAGGAGGAACCAGGUGAAAGCCUGUCGGAUUGUGAUAAGGAUGACAUUGAGAGCUUAGAGGAAGAUCGUUCAAGAGGUGACGGUGAGGAAGAAGAAAGCGAGGAUGGUUUUUUUGUCCCAGAUGGAUAUCUGUCAGAGGAUGAGGGGGUUGAAUUAGAAAAAAAUGAACCUGAUAGCAUGGCUGAGACCAAAGUCACAGAAAGUUUGAAGCAGGAAGUGCAGGGCGAAGAGAUCAGUGUGCUUCGGCAGCAGAAGUAUCUAAACAAUUUUACUGAGCAUGCACUCAAGAAAAACCAGCCCUUGUUUGUACUGAAUUUUAUGCAUGAGAAAGCGAUGCUGUUGUUGGAUGAUGAUGUUACUGGCAAUAUAAAAGUCGAACAAACAUGUCUUGGUGCUCUGAAGAUGUGUUCCUUCCCAGGUUACCCAUCUAUACGCAUAUCAUACCCGAACCCAAUGGAUGAAGGGGCUGUGGAAGCUUCUCCCUCAAACAGCUGCAAGAUAGUUAGUACCCCCCAAGUUACCACAUCAGCUCUUCAAGAUUCAGAUUUACCUCAAAUUGUAUCUGCAAUCAAAUCGCAUGGGCAAGGCCUAAACAAGGUUGUAGAAUCGUUGCAACAUAAGUUCCCUCAUAUCUCAAAGACCCAAAUACGGAGUAAAGUGAGGGAGAUUGCAGAUUUCUCAGAUAAUAGAUGGCAGGUCAAAAAGGAUAUUCUUGUGAAGCUUGGAAUAUCAGUAACCCCAGAAAAAGUUGGGAGUAAGAGGACAAUGAAGAGCAUUGCAACCUUCUUCUCAAAAAGGUGCCUGCCGCCGUCUUCUCCAACCAGCAACAAUAAUCCCAACGAAACUUCACCGCAGCCCAACUUGAAAACCCACCUGGGCGGCAGUAAAUUGUUCCUAGAGGAAAGCGAGAACAAACAAGAGUGAGCUGAGUUCUCACACAUCAGGAAGAAGAAAAGGUUCCUUGUCAAUGUGUUUACACUGUGUUUUGUAUGUAAAAAGUAAAUUGGAUGAAAGAUUUCACAAUAUGGGGGGCCAUGGCCAGUUUUUGAGCUUUCUCUAAGUUUAGACUGAUUGUAAGUUUGUAACAGCAUAUUUUCAUAGUACUGUUUUUUCCCUUGUAAAUUUUCUUCUCAUAUCAAAUUCAUGUUUGUUCCAAGAAAUAUUGCUUUUUUAA